AAUUCAUAAAUAGUUCAGGAUUUAGUGUUUAGUAAAGGUAUACGAUUUCUGCUUGCUGUAAUAAAAUUCACGUAUAGAUGUAAUCAAACAUAUCUGUGUUUUUAAAAGUGUAUGGCAUUGUAAAGCAGCUGCUGUGAAGAUAUGCAUUCAAAGAUGAAAAAUGGCAUUCCUGACAGAUGGACAGACUAUACUGCAGUGGGUAAACGGAUCCCUGGAACACGCUUUAUCGCCUUCAAAGUACCUUUAAAACAGUCUUUUAGAGGUCGUUUAACACAAUCAGAAGCAUUUGAACCAUUUGAUCUUGUCCAUAUGUUGGAGAAGGAAGGACAAGAACUGGGUCUCAUCAUCGAUCUGACCUUCACAACACGUUACUACACAGUAGUGGAUUUGCCAAACACGUUGUACCACCUGAAGAUCUUCACAGCAGGGCAUGAAGUGCCAAACAAUCCCACGAUUCUCAGCUUCAAGAAGGCCGUCAGACAGUUUCUCCAUGACAAUGAAAACAACGAUAAGCUGAUUGGUGUUCAUUGCACACAUGGUUUGAAUCGCACUGGCUAUCUUAUUUGUCGAUACCUAAUUGAUGUUGAUGGGAUGAAGCCCCAAAAAGCAAUUAAUUUGUUCAAUGCAUCAAGAGGACACUCAAUUGAGAGGCAGAACUAUCUAGAUGACCUGAGGAAUGGGCCCAAGAGAAGUAACGUGGGAAUGGAGAAACCAGACCAAGAACCCUCCCAGGGACUAGCAAACGAGAGACGACAAGAGGCGGCUCAUCAUCGAAGGGAACAGCAUAACCAUGAUCCUCCUUACAAUGGACGAGGAUCUCACCAAGGGCGCAGUAAUCCCCAGCAUCAAUUUUUUAAUGUGGAAGUGGAGGAACCAGACCAAGAACCCUUCCGGGGACUUGCAAACGAGACACGACAUGAGGCGGCUCAUCAUCGAAGGGAACAGCAAAGACAUGAUCCUCCGUUCAAUGGACGAGAAUCUCACCAAGGGCACAGGAAUCCCCAACAUCAAUUUUUCCCAUUUCAACAGAGCAACAACAUGACGUCGUUCAGAGCACCUGAUCCGCAGUCCUUCCGUCCGCCUCUGUUUCCUCAUCCACCCCCGGGCGUGAGACCAACGAGACCCGGUUUUCCCAACCAGAGUGUCAGAGGAUUCUACUUCAGUCCUUCAGCCCCAUAUCAGCCUCCACAUCGUGAGCCACGCUACCACUCAUAUGCCUUUCCAGACAGAUCGACAAGACCUCAAGGGCCUCACAGGAAAUCUCGACACAAAGAUAGGACUCCUCGCUGAAGUGGAGGAGACUUCAUCUGGUCAACCCAAUCUGCUGGACUGUGCUGUCAAUGUUAAACCAUUCUCUCUGUGAAGGAACUGUGCUUAUUCUUUAAAGAGUAAAUGGAUGUGGUCUCUCAAUGA